GUCAGAAGGGUGUUGGGAGACCUGAGGCCGGCCCGAGCCCGGCUCUGGGGAUCCCCUCCAUCUAGAAGAGCCAACUAACCACCCUGUUCACCUGCUGCUGGGACCAUGGGGGCUGGGGCCAGCGCUGAGGAGAAGCACUCAAGAGAGCUGGAAAAGAGGCUAAAAGAAGAUGCUGAGAAGGAUGCUCGAACUGUGAAACUGCUGCUUCUGGGUGCGGGUGAGUCCGGGAAGAGCACCAUUGUCAAGCAGAUGAAGAUUAUCCACCAGGAUGGGUACUCGUUGGAAGAGUGCCUCGAGUUCAUUGCCAUCAUCUACGGCAACACACUGCAGUCCAUCCUCGCCAUCGUGCGCGCCAUGACCACGCUCAACAUCCAGUAUGGAGACUCUGCCCGCCAGGACGACGCCCGGAAGCUGAUGCACAUGGCGGACACCAUCGAAGAGGGCACGAUGCCCAAGGAGAUGUCGGACAUCAUCCAGAGGCUGUGGAAGGACUCGGGUAUCCAGGCCUGUUUCGAACGCGCCUCUGAGUACCAGCUCAACGACUCCGCGGGCUACUACCUCUCGGACCUGGAGCGCCUGGUCACCCCGGGCUACGUGCCCACUGAGCAGGAUGUGCUGCGCUCGCGUGUCAAGACCACAGGCAUCAUUGAGACGCAGUUCUCCUUCAAGGACCUCCACUUCCGGAUGUUCGAUGUGGGCGGGCAGCGCUCAGAGCGCAAGAAGUGGAUCCAUUGCUUCGAGGGUGUGACCUGCAUCAUCUUCAUCGCGGCGCUGAGCGCCUACGACAUGGUGCUGGUGGAGGACGACGAAGUGAACCGCAUGCACGAGAGCCUGCACCUGUUCAACAGCAUCUGCAACCACCGCUACUUCGCCACCACGUCCAUUGUGCUCUUCCUCAACAAGAAGGACGUUUUCUCCGAGAAGAUCAAAAAGGCGCAUCUCAGCAUCUGCUUCCCGGAUUACGACGGGCCCAACACAUACGAGGACGCGGGCAACUACAUCAAGGUGCAGUUCCUCGAGCUCAACAUGCGACGCGACGUGAAGGAGAUCUAUUCCCAUAUGACUUGUGCUACCGACACACAGAACGUCAAAUUUGUCUUCGACGCCGUCACAGACAUCAUCAUCAAGGAGAACCUCAAAGACUGCGGACUCUUUUGAGGUGCCUGAACUCAUGCGUGUCCCUGACACCCUGUAGCCCUAGCUGCCCUGUAGCCCUAGCCCACAGGAGCCUAUCAGCCCCCCAGAACUCCUGAGCCCCAGCCUGUGGCCCCACCAGCCACACACCCAAAACUCUGAGCCCCACUAGCCUUGAGGCCCCGACACUCCCCCGUGUCUUCCAGAGCCCAGUGUCCCCAGCCCCACUGCUGCCCUUCACGGCCUGGCUGCGCUGGCCUCCAGGACCCACCCCAGCCAGCCCCAGCUAGGAACAGGCAGGACUUGGGAUAGCUAGAGCUCACAGUGACUCAGCAGUGCCCAACUGACCAAUCUCCUGCAGGUCUCUCUCCCCAGGGGGCCCAUGACUCACCUGGUGGGUCUGGGCUCAGCAAACAGCCCUCCCUCCCAGUUUCAUGAAGAGCGGGGGAGCAGGCAGAGAUCCCUCCUCCAAGGCUUACCAUCAGCCCAUUCCAGCCUUACCACCUCCAUGUGACAAGCCUGACACCUGUCUACCCAGUGGCCAGUGACUGUCCCUCUCAGUAGCUUCAGGGGUCCAAAGUCCAAGCCACUCUGGCCUGUGUGGCUCCUGCAUGGAUGAAUUAGUGAGCGGGGGGCACACCUGGGAGCUCCUGGGUGUCAGGAAGAGAUUCAAGCUGGACCCUUCCCCACAUAGCAGGCUCAGAGUAACCCCCUGUCCCCUUCCCCCACAGGCUCUGCCCCCGCCGUCCUUGGACACCAGAUCCAUGUCCUACCUCACCCCCACCCACCCACAGUGCUCCAGGCCAGCCGGCCAAGGGGAUGGUCUGUUGAGGGAGGGUACUGUUGACACCAGCUGUGACCAAUGGUCAAACUGUCCUGAGGGGUGGCUGGGGGCAGAGUCCAGCUCCAUCGAUCAGCCCCAGGCAGAGGAUUUGGGAAAUGACUGAGGCCCAGGUUGGGCCCAGAGUGGUCUACCUCAGGUGGGGUCACAAGCAAACCCAGGUAACCCUCUUGUCCCUGCCAGCAACUUCUCGAACGCUUUCCAUUCAGGGCCCAUUCCCUGGCAGGAAAAACUGAGGGCCAUGUCCGAAUUUUGUCAGGGACAGAGGUCCACAUCCCUAUAUCCCUGCUCCCAGUUCCUCCUCAGGCCCUGAGUCCUUGCUGAUGCCUGUGAGCCAAGACCUGUGCUAAGUCGAGGACAGGGGCUUCCACCUCUCAAGGCCAGAUGACAGGCUGCACUCCCCUCAGGUAGAUGCACAGACUCAGCAAUAAACCUUUGCAUCAGG